AUGAGCAGAUUUUCGACUCGAACGAAUUUAUACCGUUUACGUUCAGCCGGCUUUUCCAUUUUUCAUCAACAAAUUAAUAGAAAAUUACCAGUACUUGCAACUUCAUUAAUCAAAAUCAAGAUCAUUCCUUCUCAAAGUCUUUAUUCUACAACAGCCGGUCUUUCUCGUAGCAAUAUCGAGACUAGGAUCAUGGAUAUUCUCAAAGCUUUUGAUAAAGUAGAUUCAUCAAAG